AAAAGAGAAAGAGAAAGGGAAAGGGAAUGGCUUCUCAAUUUCAGGCACAAGGAGGAACUCCAAUAACUACCGAAAUGGCUACAGAACUGAGGCAAUUGGUCUUUGGCACCUCCGCGAUACCUAUGAGAGCUGAAUGGACGCAUACACCCUUUACGUUCGGCUCAUCUAAAGAGGAAUUCUCUUAUGGGUUGCGAUCACCGCGUAACGCGACACGUGGCUUAUUAUCUGUAGUUCAGGGUUUCAUACUGAAAUACGUGCUUUUCGAUUAUAAAUCGGGCAAACAGAAUACAAACGACGUUUUAUGCCUAUCCGGCGAUAUACAAAAGGCGGCUUUAAUUUCGGCUUUGAUGGAAAUUCUACGCACUAUCGCCGAUAAGGGUAAAGUUACUAUGGUCUUACCUUCACCCGACGAUGAAAUAUUUGUGGAGCAUAGUGCCACUUAUUUUCACGAUUCCAUAACCGAAAAGUUAUAUAUAUUCACCUUGAAUCCUCACGAUGAACUGGAAUUCUUUAUAAAACGCCAUUAUAAGCAUUUCACGGAGGAGGGAACAGCGGGCACUUUGCUCUUCCUCUAUAGUGCCGUUUUAACGCGAACAAUAAGCAAAGUACGCAGCGAUUUAGAUUCGACAAAACAAAUUCCGCUUACGAUGACUAAUAAUGAAGAAGGUUCUUUAAUGAUUAUUACUUUGCUAUUGACUGGACGCGCUACCCCCUAUAUACAUAAUGGGGUUAUUAAUGUGGGCGAUGAAAACAGUUAUGCCAUGCCUCAGUAUGGUAUUUUAAAACGAUGCACAAUUGGUCUCUUGCUAUGGGAAACUGAGAAUAGUCAGUGUGCUUUAGUUUCACGUCAACCAGGCUCUCGUUUGAAAACACCCAACUAUCCAAUUUGGAUUACUAGCUGUGCCGGGCAUUAUGGUGUUAUGUUUAAUCGUAAUCCCGAUCUUUUGCGUAAUUAUCAUGCCGAGUCGCGUUUCGACUUGAAUUAUUAUAGUUGUUCGGGUCGAGAGAUCGCCAUGACUAUCGAUAAUCGUUCAUGUAAUGAUCAGGUUAUGGGCAUGUUGGAACGUCAAAUGUCUUCAUCGGAGGGCAAUAAUUCCUUAAGUGGCGGCGGUAAAACGAAUAAAGAUGAUCCAAUAGGCGGGAAAGACGAUAAUAAUAGUGGAAGUAAUAAAGAGGAGUACACUGUUAAUACGCCCCUAUUGAAGUUGAUACAAACUAAAUGGGAGGAAGCACAAAUCCGAUUUCAUGCACAACCUUCAAUGCUCAGUUAUUUAUUUAGUACACAACAGUAA